CAACUCUAUAGUUUCAAAGAGGCGAGAACAAAAAUGGUGGUGUUUAGUGCUUGAAGUUUUGUUCCGUGUCACUGAAAUUGCACCAAAAUGUGCGAACAAACCAACGCGUAUGAUGACGGAGACAUUGUGUGGGUGAAAUUGAGUAAUUGCUGGUGGCCGGGAGAAGUGUGCGAAGAGGCUCGGCUGCCCGCUGACUUGGUGGACUCGCUGAAGAAAAAACCCUUUGCUGUUGUGAAGUUCUUCCAGGAAGAUUCCUACGAAUACGUGAAGAACAUCAACAACAUCUUCAAGUACCAAUGCAGCCGGAAGGGCGAGUUUGUCCGGAAAGGACUGGAUCUGCACAAAUCCAAUCGCAAGUACAUGGAAAAGUUUCCAGCCGAUGUGACGACAGCAGAGAAAUUGACAGGUGGUGACUUGGAGAUCGUGAAGAAGAUGCAAACUUCCCCGCAAAAGAGUUCCACGUCUGCUUGGUCGGACGUGUUCUCCGAUGGAAAGGCGAAGAAGGGCAAGAAGACGCCCGUACUGAGUCCCAACAUUAGAGGGCGUAAGGUCACAAAGUCCCCGAAGAAGAGCAUCACUCCCGUGGCAAAGACCUUUCUGGGCAAGACGCGCGAGCAUGAAGUCCGCUUCCUGGGCGCCUCCACAUCGGCGACGAAGGCCAGCCCGGAAGCCAGCAGCAGCGGCCUCUACAAGUGCCACGCCUGUCCCUUCUCCUGCAACCGGAUAAACGUAAUUGUGCUGCACUCGAAAACGCACACCAACGAGACGGCGGUUGCACAAGCAAAGUCAUCGUCCAAGCCGAAGCCCAUUCCCAAAGCUCUCUCCACGCCAGAGCUCGUGUCUGACGAUGAAGCUUCCAAGGGGGUCCAGAAGAAGCCAAACACGCGAACGCCGGUCGUGAAACCGCCAAAGAAGCGUGGGAAGCGCAAACUCUCUGAGACAGUUGAGGAGAGCCCCACGAAGCCGGAGCGACAGGAGACAAAGCAGGCUGAAGUGAAGCAACCAAUGAAGAAGCGGAAGACAGACUUGGAGUGGAAGAAUGAGUUGUUGGCUGACUGGAGCGAAGAUGAGGAACCCGAGGAGUCAUCAGAGAGCAACUUGUCUCAGGCAAAAGAGGUGGAGGAUUCAAAAGAGGAGAAGAUCGAAAAUCCACCGGAUGCCAUUCAAGUGAACACUGUGCCAGUCGUGGAGCAGAAGAAGGAGGAAGUGAAGACGCCGAUAAAGUACAGAAAUAUUCCCAAGAAAGACAGGAGGGACAUUGUCUUGGAGAGUGGAGAAUUGAUGGAAGUCAACAGGCCGAGUAUCUCAGUUCCUGCAAUUAUUCCGGAUCCAGUGCCUCAGAAGCCGAAGGAGGACGUGAAGACGCCUGCUCCAGAAGUGGAGGUGGUUGCCGACACCUCAAAGAGGCGAUCUUCGAGGCGAAAGGCAAAAGUGUCCAUCACAUCAGACGAGGAGGGAAAGCUAGCGGCGGAGAACCAAGUUGCCUCAUCGAAGGAGAAUGAUAAAGAGCCAUUAGUCAGCGAUACGGAGAACAAUUCGCUGCAGAGUCCGCCGAAAUCAAUCUCUUGUUUUGAUUUUCAAGAAGAGGAGGACGAUAUGAUCGUUGAUUCGAUAUCCAAACAUCGGCAGAAGAAGUUGAACGCUGGUGAGCUGAGCGGCAGUGGGAAAAAGACGCGAGAACCUUCGCGAGAGGUUGAUGAGGCGCAAGAUGAGAAGCUCAACUCAGACAUCGAGAGCCUGCUGAAGGCUACUAUUAUUCCACAAAUUCCAGACACUCCCGCGACACCGAAGACGAAGGAAGGUGGUGAGCUGUCCAGGGAGAUUGCGUUGCCGCCAAAGGAGAGAGGAAAGAGGAUUUUCAAGUCGAAGAAUCGGAGCAAGUCCAAUUCUCUGGAAGUGGAGGAAGAGAAGAGGUCUUCUACGGAUGAAAGGCAGGUGAAAGGUGGAGUGUCGCCGACAAAAGAGCCCACGGAGUCUGAUCUGCAAAUUGCCCAGACGCUGAUCAAUUUACCAGAUCACACGCCGCCACUUAAUCCGCAGAAUGACACUGUUGAUGGUGGGAAUUCAAGGAAGAAAGAUUUUGUCUUCAGUGACUGCAAGGAGACGAAUGCAGCGGAAGUUCUCAUGAAUUUGGGUAAUUUCACGGAGACUCGCUCGAAAGAUAAGCAAAAGUCGCAGGAUGAGGAGAAAUUGUCGACGUCCAAGAAUGCCAAUCAAUUCACUGCACAAACAAUUGGUGGGAAGAAGAUAAAGCUCCCAGACAAUAUAACGGUGACCAAAGUGGUGAAGCCUUCGCAAUCCUCUCCGAAUCACACAAAGAACCUGAUUGAGUAUGAAACACUGCCGACAACUGAGGACAAGUCGAGUGAGUUGAAGUUGAAGUUGAAGAAAGUAAUACCGAAGAAACGCAAGCCAAAUAUCGAUGGGACGGAGGAGAUAAUCGUGGAGAGGGUUCAGGUGAAGGAGCCCAAAGUAGUCACGGUGCCUCUUCCGCCAACGUCUCCAAAGAAGAUCAUCAAGAUAAAGUCACAGAUGAAGUCUCCGGCCACUGAACUCGAGAGCAAUGUUUUUGAUAUUUCAAAUAUGCCAAUUGUCCUCACGGAUGAGCCUCUGCCCGCGGAGGGAAUCGAGAGUUACUCCAUCAUCAUGGCAGAGUCAAAAGCGUCGAAAAGCACAUCGGCGACCAGCAAUGGGCGCGAACAGAUCAAAAUUCACUCGAAGAUGCCGAAGACGGAGGAGAUUGUCAUCGGCAAACCGACAAUUGUGAAGAGAGUGAAGCUCCUGGGCAGUCAGAAGGAACGAGGCAGCAGUCCUGAGUCCGGCAAUCAGGCCCUGCAGAAGCUCACCACAGAGCGAAGACUGGUGAAAUUGCCACCGAAGAAGGUGAAGGACUCUGGCUUGGAUGGCAUCACGGCGGAGGCAAAAUUGUCGCCCACGAGCAUUAGUGCAGGCAAUUCGGUAGUGCUGAAUGUGGGUCAGAACAAAGUGUCAGGACAACCGCUGUCGCCCACAAAGAUUUUCUACCCUCGCGACAAUCGCAGCACACUCGUGUCCUCGCCAUCGGACAUCAGCACCUCAAUUGUAAUAUCAAAAUCUCAGGUGAUUCAAGCCAAGUCAGGCGGUCAGAUAGUCAUUACCAGCAAGGGCAAGGUGAUUACGAAGCAGAGUGAUCUCAUCACCACGAGCACUUCGCUGUCGGGAGCGACGGAGGUGUCGUCCUCCAAGGCGAAUGAGGGCGCCAAGGUGGCGACAGCGAGUGUUCCGAAGUUGGCGAUAAAGUCGCCUGCGAAAAUUCACGUUCAAUCCCAACAAAUACUCUACAGACCACCGAAGGAUGUGGACAAGGCCAUAGCGCAGACGGUGUACAUUCAGCAGCCGGGCGAGGUGCCGGUGGAGUCGAGUAAGGGGGUGGAAUCUCAGAAGAAGGUCCUGAGGCGAAUCAAGAGGCCCAGGCGACUGGAGAUACUUGACAGCGCCAGUCAUUCGAGUACAAAUACUCAAAAGUCACCACAGCAGACGAUUGUGAUGCAUGAAGUGCCACCCUUGGCACCCAUCAGCAGUGAGUCACUGGCCAGCAACUGCGUGAAGAAGAUUGUGUCGACGACGACGGCGAAAGAGGAUGGAGAAUCUGAAAUGCGACUGAAGAGCAGCACUCCUGGAUCGUCUGUUAAAACUGCCAAUCAAACGGAGAAGAUCAUUCUUGAGGGAACGAGUGUGAAGAAGGGAACAGCCAGUCCGGAGGGGACGCGAAAUGUGUCAGCCAAGGGCAAGUCCGAGACUGUGACCUUAAGCGACAGUUCCAGCACUGCUAAUGCCGAGAGCGCAUCGAAUAUUCAGGACAGUCAGCUCCUGGCGAUUCCUGGGGAGUCAUUUGGAGGGCCCGCCAAUUCCUUCUUCCUUUGCACACUAGACAAUGGCACAUUCACGCCGAUCGACAAUCAACCGCUCUACCUGGACGCGUCCAAUCAGCUUGUUCCACAGCCACCGGAAACUGCCGCGACGUCUGGCGAGAGCGAUGCCGAGCAGCAGGGACACGAUGCCAUAAUUGAGAUGCCGGAGAGUGAGCAAGUGGUUGUGGAGGGAGAUCAAGUGGCAGCCGAUGGUGAUGCCAAAUAUGUGCUGAACACGGGAAGUGGCCAGCAAAUCCUCUUGGAUCAGCAGAGCUUGUUGGCUAUCGCGGCGGGAGAUGUGCCUCGCCUGGUGACGCCGGAGGGUCAGGAGUUGAUCCUUCAGGGGUCAACGCAGGACAUUUUGUCGUCAAUCACGCUCAAUCAGACAGAAUUGGGGAUUUUGACUGAUGGCCAGCAGAUAAUUGUGCCGGAAGCCAUGGCCAAUUCGCCGAAUCAGGACAUCCUAGCAGCUGCCUUGGCGGGAACGGAGGUGUUCCCGCAGGACAACCUGAUUGCCGAGGUGCCACAAAUUCCAGCGGCUAAUCCCGCUCAAGUGUCGGAGACAAAUGCAGUUUUGACUCAACCGCCGAUCAUGUCGACACUGGAAGUGCCCACAAAGACGGAGAAUAUAGCGCCCAAUGUGGCUCUGGACGCUGGAUUUCCGGCACAAAAUCUGGACGACAGUCUGGCGGUGAUUGGAGUGACUGGACACCAGACGAAUGUGCCCACUUCACUGGAGUUGCCCAUCACAGUGACGAAUCCCGCGAUUGCACCCAAAACAACGACUUCAUCCAUUGGUCUGACCUCGAUCUACCUCCCUCCUGUGUCAAACUCUGCAUCACAAAUAUCGCCGUCGAUCCCGAUCGUGGAGGAGAUCUUCUCAGGUACGAGUAAUGUGCUGGAAUUGUACUCGACAGCCGAUGAUGAGGCAGUUCCGGCAAAGAGUGAGAUGGCAGCCGAAGUGGAAGUGGAGACAGCGGAGAAGGACGCUUUGGAUGACAUAAUAGAGGAGACAACGGUGGGGAGUGAGAAUGCUGGUGAAGUAGAUUCCAUCAAUGGCAACGACAUUGUGCCCGUGACGCCUGAAUCCAUCACAAAUCAUGACACAAACACGCCAGAAAUGCACUUCAACGAUGAGGAUGGGAACAGCUCACAUUCGAGCGAAAUUCCCAUCCAACCGGAUCUGAUUCUGCGUCCGGAGGACUUCACGCCAUCACAGGAGGAUGCGAGUGAGACUGCGGUGGAUAGCAAUGCCUCCGGUAGCGACGUGCCGAAUCUCACUGAGAAUCUGACGGCAAACACUGCGACAGAUGAGGAGCCCGUGAGUGAAAGUGCAGCUCUGGAGGAGAGUGCGAGUGCGGAUGCGAGCUAAUGGAA